AUGGGAGAGGCAGCAAAAGUCCUGGUUGUGAUGGCCUGUUCGUGGAUGACACUCCGAGCUGCGAUCCAGGGAGUUUUUCUGUUUCUGAUCUUUGGAAAUUGGAUGAAUCUCUUUCAAACACUUUUUUACAUUGGCGCCGUCGCUGCAGUCGGGAGCGUCUUGUUUUGUGUCUUGGAGGAACUGUUUCACAAAAUCGUUCAUUCAACUGUUAAUUCGGCUUUAAACUCCUUAAGGAACAAUAGAACUCUGAUUCAGAUCCAAGUUACUGUUUUGGUGACGUUUUUCAUGGGAGUCACGAUGUACCUGACGCCGUCUCACCGUCGAGAUCCUAAAAUGUCGGACUCUGAACUGAUGAGCAGACAGAUGGAGGAGGAGCGCAGGAAGAUGGCCAGACGUCUGGACAGAAUACAGAAUGCCGGGAUCGUUGUCAGUGUUGGGAUGUUCGUCACUGCAGUUCUGUGGUUUCAUGUUUUGCAGGAGAGCGGCUUGUUGUUCUGGAUUCUUCACUCUUACUGCUCAGAUUACAUUCACUUUGUUGGAGUUUUCAUCCUUGGAGCCGGAAGCACGUUCCUGGGGAUCUGGCUGCGGAGUUUCCCAGAGUUUGGUCUCAUUCCGUUUGUGGUGGGAAACCUGUGUCUGCUGCUGAGCACGACCUUCUUGAAAGGAGGCGAGCAGCAGGUUGACCUCAUGUUUGACAACACCAGAGGAGCGUCUGUGGCGUGGGCGACUAUUGGGUUUGUGCUCACUCAGUUCACAGUUUUCUGGUGUCCUCUACAUCAGCUGACUGUGCUGGUACUGUUUGUCCUACAUCCCGUUCGGAAGGUUUGCAGUCCACCCGUAUCUCGGCGGCGGCGACUCUGGAUCCAGACACUGAUCCCAGGGAAACAGAGGGGCAGGCUGCCGCAGACAGAGCUCCAGAAGUGGGGACUGAGAGGGAUCCACCUGCGGCCGUACCAGCUGGAGGGGGUUCAGUGGCUCACACAGUGCCUUGGAAACCAGGAAGGAUGCAUCUUAGGAGACGAGAUGGGCCUGGGAAAAACAUGCCAGACCAUCUCUUUGCUAUUGUUCAUUUCUGGAGCAUGUGGAAAGAACGGUCCUUUCUUGGUGGUUAGUCCUCUGUCUGUUAUGGAAAACUGGAGGAAAGAGAUGGAAAGUUUUGCUCCAUCUUUAAAAGUACUGUGCUACCAAGGAGAUAAGGAGAAACGUGCAGAGAUUCAACUGGAGGCACAGACCGAAGAGUUCCAUGUUCUCCUUACUACAUAUGAGAUGUGUCUCAGAGAUGCUUCAUUUUUCAAAAAGUGGAGGUGGGAGGCUCUGGUGGUGGAUGAGGCUCAUCGACUGAAGAAUCAAAACUCUCUCCUUUAUCACUCUCUGACUGAGUUUUCCGUGGCAUUCCGACUGCUGCUGACGGGAACACCGAUCCAGAACAACCUGCAGGAGCUGUUCUCUCUACUCAGCUUCAUUCAGCCGAGUGUCUUCGCCCCCACCGCCGCCGACAACUUCUGCAGUUGCUACGGCAACGUGCAGAACAGGCCGGACCUGGCUGCUGAGCUGCAGAGCGUGUUGGAGCCGUUCCUAUUGCGUCGUGUGAAGUCGGAGGUUGCUCUGGAUUUGCCCAAAAAGACGGAGCUGGUGAUUUACCACGGCCUGACAUCACUGCAGAAGAAAUACUACCGAGCUAUUCUCACUAAAGACCUGGAGGUCUUUGGGAACGAACAGAGAAACAGGACACGGCUGCUGAACGUCCUGAUGCAGCUGAGGAAGUGUGUGAUCCACCCUUAUCUGUUCGACGGCGUGGAGCCGGAGCCCUUUGUGAUGGGAGAGCAUCUGGUUGAAGCCAGUGGGAAGUUCUGCCUCCUGGACAGUCUGCUGAGCCACCUCCUCACAGGGGGCCACAGAGUUCUGCUGUUUUCUCAGAUGACCAGGACCUUGGACAUUCUGCAGGACUACAUGGAAUACAGAGGUUACAGCUACGAGAGACUGGACGGAUCAGUUCGAGGAGAAGAGAGAAAUCUGGCGGUGAAAAACUUCAGCACGAAGGACGUGUUUGUGUUUCUGCUCAGCACUAAAGCAGGUGGUGUGGGCAUGAACCUGACGGCUGCAGACACAGUGAUUUUUAUGGACACAGAUUUUAAUCCUCAGAACGAUCUACAGGCGGCGGCACGCUGCCACCGCAUCGGACAGACCAGGCCUGUGAAGAUAAUCCGACUCCUGUCCCGGGACACGGUGGAGGAGAUCAUGUUCUCCAGAGCCCGGUCCAAACUGAACCUCACCAACACCGUGAUAGAAGAGGGACGCUUCUCCCUCAGGGACCAGUCUGAUGCUGCUGCUGAUCUGAAGCUCAGUGAGAUCCUGAAGUUUGGAGUGGAUAAACUUCUGUCCUCAGAGCAGAGCUCUGUUCAGGAAGUGAAGCUCGACACGAUUCUGGGUUUGACUGAAAAUGGUGGGUGGUUGGAGGACGACGAGACGACAGCUGUUAAAGAAGAAGGAGGAGAAGAAGGAGAAGGAGGAGGCGACGGCAGCGCAGAGCCGGAGGGACAGAAUCACAUGUAUUUCUUUGAGGGUCGGGACUACAGCAAAGACCCAAGCUCCGACGAUCUGAGCAGGUUUGAGGCUCUGAUGGAGGAACAUCUCUCCGAUCUACAGAGGUCUGCAGCUGAGGGCCCAGCCCUGAGACACAAGGCCCCUGUAUGUGUUUCUCUGGUUCUUCCCUCGAGGAAACGUCAAGCUCUGACUGAAGAAGAGGUAGAAAUCAGACGAGAGCGAAGGAAAGAGGCUGCAGCCAAACGAGCAAAGAUACAAGAAGAACUGAAGAGGAAACAACAGGAGGAGAAAUACCAGAAAAAAAUGGCCUGGUGGGAGUCAUGUGGGUACAGGUCUCUGUGUCUCCCGUCGGUCGACAGUGGAGAUGAUGAUGAUGAAGACAGCAUCAGCUCCACAGACUCUGAGGCCAAUGCCAUCCACUACAUCCUGGGUGAUGUCACACACCCUCACGCUGCCAAAGAGGACGCCAUCAUUGUGCACUGUGUCGAUGACUCGGGGCGAUGGGGUAGAGGAGGCCUGUUCUCUGCUCUGGACAUCAGAUCUGAUGAACCCAAGAAACGAUACGAAUCUGCAGCAAAAAUGAAAGAUUUGCAGCUGGGAAACGUGCUGCUGUUUCCCAUCGAUGACAAACAGAGCAGGAUCGACGGACAGGAUCAGUUGGCUCUAAUUGUGGCUCAGAAGAGAGAUAAAAACAACUCCUUAUCUGGCAUCUUACUGACAGCUCUUGAGGAAGGAUUGCGGAAGAUCUACACCGCUGCAAAAGGCAAAAAGGUGAGUGUUCAUCUGCCUCGACUCGGACACUCCACUAAAGGUUUCAACUGGUACGGGACUGAGCGGCUGAUCCGGAAACACCUGGCAACACGAGGAGUCCCUACAUACAUAUACUAUCACAGCCGCUCAUCCAGGAACUCCGCUGCGUCCUCGUCCUCCUCUCCCCUGGUCCCCGCAGCUGAGACACCUGGAACCUCCCCUGCUCUGGACCCCCCAGCAGAGACCCCUGGACCCUACCCUGUCCUCCCCCGUUGGAGCCAGCCGCAGCUUCCCUGCUUCAUGCAAGGGGUGCGGGUGUUCUUCUUCAACCUGCCGGCCUCUGCCCGCAGGACCCUGUCCCGCUACCUCCUCACGUACGACGGAGACGAGGAGGACGUGAUGAGUUCAGAGGUCACUCACAUUGUGGCUGAAGUGGAACAUGAGGUUCAUUUACAGGAGCUCCAGGUGCUGCUGCAGCAGUAUUCUCAGGCCGUCGCUGUGACAAACAUUCAGACGAUUUUAGGAUUUUACGGUCUGUGUUUGAAACUAAAGAAGAAGAACAGUCCAGGAUCCGCGCACGCACCAGGAGCAGGCGCUCAGGGAUGUGUCCUGGACAUGCUGCCCUCUCCACUCUCCUCUCACACCUACAGGUCUCACCCCAGUCCCAAGAUCACCCAGGCAAGUCACAGUCGGUCGGAUCAGAGUCUGAGUAACUCACCACAGGAGGACGAUGAGACUAUGAGCUCCCAGGGGCCAGCACACUCCCCCCGUCUGGAUCAGGGCUCCCAGGGGCCGGACUAUACCUCCACACGCCCUGAGAACCACCACCUCAGCUCCUAUGGUCCUGGUUAUGGUGCUCCCACUCCCUUCCACAGCUACGAGUCCUGGGCCUACACUGCUUCAAGUAUGGCCACAAGCUGCAGCUGCUCCUCAAGACCCUUUCCUCAGCAGCACCACCUCAGCCUGAAGACCGACUCUGGUUCAGAGGAGUCUCUGGGUUCCUCUGGCAUGAGCUUGGAGCAGCCCCUGUCCCUGCACUCGCUGCCCCCCUCCUCAGAGUUCAGGCACCACACACUGUCGCCGUACUCCUUUGUGCCACAAGGGGAGCUAUGCUGGGCCCAGUGCCCCCCCCAGGAGUGCAACAGGGGGGUCACAGUUCAGAAACCUGCCUGGCCUCAAUACCACCCAGGACCCAGGCCCAUCUACCCCGAUGUCGCGGCUGCAGCUCACGCUCACACUGGAAAAACUGCUCAAAUCAAAGAGAAAACCUCCUCACUGAGUUCACCACUGUCUCUGGAACAGCGGAGAGUGUUUGUGACCUACGAAGCCGACAGCGACAAACAUGUGAAUGAGGUUAUCAGCUUCGUGGCUCUGCUGCGACACAACGGCUUCGACACUCACAUCGACAUCUUCGAACAGCAGUUCAGGAGCAUCAGCAAAAUCGACUUCAUGGAGCGAUAUCUGAGUGAGAAGGAAUAUCUGAUAAUCAUCAUCAUCAGCCCCAAGUACUACAGCGCGGUGACGGCGCCCCCUGUGGGCCAGGAGCAGGACGAGCACACCUUCAACACGGUCUACAUCCACAAACAGCUUCAGAAUGAAUUCAUCCAGAACGGGAGCCAGAAUUUCCGCUUCAUCCCAAUCUUGUUUCCUGGAGCUAAACGGAGUCACGUCCCAUCUUGGCUCCAGAACACAAACGUUUACUCUUGGCCUCGAGACCGAGACGACAUCCUGCGGCGGCUCAUGCGCGUCGAGAAGUACAACCCUCCCCCCAUCGGAGACCUGCCCACCAUUGUCUCCAUCCCCAUUUAG